UUACAUCCACAUGCUGCUGGAGACUCAGGGCUCAAACGCACAGACGCGCAGUGCCAAAGGAGCAGCGCAGAGACAGCGCGCGGAGGAUAUAUUACAAGAUUUCAAUUAUUCACUUCACGGAAGAUCUGAUCCGAACUGCCUUUUUCUGACAGUUUAUCGCAGUGGGUAAGGUUUCCCAUGCGACAUAUAUUGUCUGGUAGUGGAUUCUUGUGGGAAGAGAACGGGAAAACGCUUGGAUUUGAAGGCGCGAGCCCCGCUCACUCACUCCACGCGCAGCUCGAGCUCGAGGAAAUCAAACCAGAGGUUAUGCGCCCUCAGAAAUAUGUUUUUUGUCCGAACUCUUGCUUAUAAAGAAAAAGUUAUUUAGUUUUAUCCAGUUGUUGUUGUUGAUUUUUUUUUCCCCCCGUUGCUGUUGCUUUUGUUUAGGAUAUGAUAGCCACUAUGUUUCGGAGACGUUAAACAGCCAAGUAAACAUCCAACAUUUGAAGCGUAUCGAGAAAGCAGGCAGGUCGCCAAACAGAAGAUACUGUUAUCAGACUCAAGACACGAGCUGCUCUCAGUGGAUACAUUAGUGGACAAGAACAGCCCCAGAAGAACUUAAAGCGCUCACUAUUUCCACUACACGCACUGGGUGAAUAUUCACCCAGGAAAUAUGGAUUUAUUCAAAAAGCUCAGUGGAUCUUUACUUGUCUUGUGUUUAUCGGCUUUAGUUUAUGGGGAAGAAGAGGCAUGUGGUGGACAUUUGGAUGCUAAUGAUGCAGGGUACAUCACCACACCCGGUUACCCACUGGAGUAUCCACCCCACCAGAACUGCAGAUGGGUGAUCACGGCGCCUGAACCAUCCCAACGUAUCGUCCUAAAUUUCAACCCCCACUUUGAACUUGAGAAACUUGACUGCAGGUAUGACUUCAUUGAGAUUCGGGAUGGGAACUCAGAGACUGCUGAUCUGUUGGGGAGACACUGCAGUAACAUUGCCCCCCCUGCGAUCAUCUCCUCAGGUCCUGUUCUGCACAUCAAAUUUGUCUCAGAUUACGCCCACCAGGGGGCCGGCUUCUCGCUACGCUAUGAAAUCUAUAAGACAGGCUCUGACUGUUCCCGAAACUUUACCAGUCCAUCAGGCGUAAUCGAGUCGCCUGGCUUCCCUGACAAAUACCCCCACAAUCUGGAGUGCACCUUCAUCAUCAUCGUUCCUCCUAACAUGGACGUCACCCUCACCUUCCUGACCUUCGACCUGGAAAAUGACCCCUUGCAAGGGUCUGAGGGCGAGUGCAAGUACGAUUGGCUGGAGGUGUGGGACGGCCUUCCACAGGUCGGCCCUCUAAUUGGACGGCAUUGCGGUACCAAAAUCCCAGCUGAAAUACAGUCGUCUACAGGUAUCCUCUCUCUGUCCUUUCACACUGACAUGGCCGUGGCCAAAGAUGGCUUCUCUGCCCGCUACAACAUGACACUUAAGGAGGUCAAUGACAAUUUCCACUGCAGUAAUGCUUUUGGCAUGGAGUCAAGCAAGAUCAGCGAUGACCAGAUCUCUGCUUCAUCCUUCUUCUAUGAUGGCCGUUGGUCUCCAAGACAAGCUCGCCUUAACUUUGAUGACAACGCAUGGACGCCCAAUGAGGACAGCAACAAAGAAUACAUCCAGGUGGACCUGCAUUUCCUAAAGGUCCUGACGGGCAUCGCCACCCAGGGCGCGGUCUCCAAGGAGACACAGAAGUCCUACUUCAUCACCACCUUUAAGCUGGAGGUCAGCACUAAUGGAGAGGACUGGAUGAUCUACCGCUUUGGCAAGAACCACAAGGUUUUCCAUGCUAACGCAGACCCCACAGAGGUGGUCUUGAACCGGAUCCCUCAGCCUGUCUUAGCUCGGUUUGUCCGCAUUCGUCCACAGACAUGGAAGAAUGGAAUAGCUUUGCGCUUUGAACUUUAUGGCUGUCAAAUCACGGAUGCUCCAUGCUCGGAGAUGCAAGGAAUGCUCUCUGGCCUCCUGCCUGACUCUCAGAUCUCAGCCUCCUCCAUGAGGGACAUCCAUGGAGCCACAGGUGCAGCCCGGCUGGUGGCCAGCCGUUCAGGGUGGUUUCCUAGUCCCACACAGCCUGUGGCUGGGGAGGAAUGGCUGCAGGUGGACCUGGGAGUCCCCAAAACUGUACGUGGUAUCAUCACACAAGGGGCCCGUGGGGUGGACGGCAGUACCAGUGCGGAGAACCGAGCAUUUGUGCGAAAAUAUAGACUGUCCCAUAGCUUGAAUGGAAAAGACUGGAGCUACAUUAUUGACCCUAAGACAAGUCUCCCAAAGCUUUUUGAGGGAAACACACACUACGACACCCCAGAGAUCCGCCGCUUCGAUGAGAUUGUGGCUCAGUUUAUCCGGGUGUAUCCAGAGAGGUGGUCCCCUGCCGGCAUCGGAAUGAGGCUGGAAAUACUGGGUUGUGAUUUGCCAGAAUCUACCACUAUCCCUGACACAGCUAGACCUACUCUGCCCCUUCAGGAAGAGACAAGUACUGCCUACAGAACACCAGCCCCCACCACUGUCUCAUCUUUGGGUGGUCUGUGUGACUUUGAGCUGAGUAUGUGCGGAUGGACCCAUGACCCCAUGUCUGAUCUGAAUUGGUCUCUGUACAGUUCCUCUAGUCCUAGCCUGGACCUGACACUGGGAUCUGACAACUUUGGGAAUUUCCUGUAUGUGGAAGCGAGUCCUAAAACAGAGCCACAACGUGCAAGGUUAUUGAGUCCAUCGGUGGGACCCGAGCGCCAUCCCGUCUGUCUCCUUUUCUAUUAUCAGCUGCAGGGAGAGGGUCAGGACAGCCUGCGCGUGCUGCUCCGGGACGACGACCAGGAGGAGACGCUGCUCUGGACUCUGAAAGGAGACCAGGGUCCCAUGUGGAGGGAGGGCCGCACCAUCCUGCCUCAGUCCCCUAAGCAAUAUCAGGUUGUCUUAGAAGGCUUCUUCGAGCAGGGCAGUCGAGGACACAUCUGGGUCGACAACAUCCAUAUGAGCUCCAACACAGAGCUUGAGCAGUGCACACAACCCUUUGCCGCAUUCCCACCUGAAAUGACUGAACGAAGGCCUGAAGACCUUGGAAACAACCCUCUAUUCCACGGCAGAGAACAAACUGGUCAAGGUUUCCCAUUCCCUGUCUGGACCACGGCAAACCCCUCAAGAGAGCCUCCAGUGACACGGCUCUCUGAGAAAGACAAUGCCUGGUUAUACACGCUGGAUCCCAUCCUGGUCACCAUCAUCGUUAUGAGUUCCCUGGGCGUUCUGCUGGGUGCAGUGUGUGCCGGUCUCCUGCUCUACUGCACCUGUUCCUACAACGGCCUCUCCUCGCGCAGUACCACCACUCUGGAGAACUACAACUUUGAGCUAUACGACGGCAUCAAGCACAAAGUGAAAAUCAACCAGCAGCGCUAUUGCUCCGAGGCCUGAAGGAACCUGAUCAGGAGAGGCCCUUGCGAGAUUGGUGCGAACGUGUACUCUCUCCAGCGCUCCCUUAUCACUGAUCAUUAACGGGUGCUAGCUCGAUUCAAAACUGUGAAUGGACCUCACACUAAUAUAGGGAUGAUCUCGGACUGGAGCACUGGGAGCAUAGAGGCUUCCUGUGGACAGCUCAGCGGGUGUGAAAGUUUAUCAACACAUAUCAAGAUAAAGAGUUUCCCCUUCAAAAAAAGAAAACUUCAAAUAAAUGUAUAUUGCUAUAGAUUUGUAAAGAAAACACAAUCUAAUAAAGCCUAAUGGAAGUUAGAAGAGAGAGGCGCUAGGACUAGAAGACAGAUCGCUUGUGAAAUCUCUGCCUCUAUUUUGUGAACGCUGUGGCCUAGAAUAUUGUGGACAUUUGAUUUAGUUUAGACUUGUGUCUGUUCGCUGAUUUGCUUAAGUUCCCAUCCUAUCAUCAUCCUUUGCCACUUUCUACAACUGUUUUGCAGUGUCAAUUCCUCUUAUGAAUGUUUUAUACUUAAGUUCAGUCUGUUUGUAGCCUAAUGUUUUUUUGUGUGGCCAUUAGACAAUGAGGAAAGUUUAUUACAUUCAGAAAAAAGUUAGAUUGAAGUAUUAGAAUUGUCUUUUGUGUCUCUUUUCUUCUCUUUUUUUUUCAUAAUUUUGACUGUUUGGUUUAUAAGCAUAGCGUUAAAGUCACUGUGCUGACAACGUCAAACAAAUUUUAUCGCAACCUAUGGAUUGCUAAGGAAAAAGAGCCACUGAGCUAAAGAGUGUUGAGAGAGUGCAAAGAGAGAAAGCAUCUUCAGAUUCUCUCUUCCUCGCUUUACCCUAUUUUUGAAGUAACAAAGACUCAAGCUGGCAGAGUGACUUUAGUGAAUGAGCUGGAAAAUCCCCAAGCCACUUUCAUGUACAAACAAUUGAGCCUUAAGCAAACUGUUUUGGAGGAGAGCCAUUGAAACCCCAGUUCUUGAGUUUAAAGUUACUGGGUCCUUGGAGGAGUCAGACCUUACUCUUUUUAUUUCACCUGUCUGUUUACUCCAUGGUUUUUUUUGGGCUGUUGAAAAUGAAGACUAACAAGACGAGAAGGGUGAGAAUUUCACAGAAUGUUUCGCCUCAAGGUGAAGAGAGCGAUAGUACAAGCGAGCACAUAGGAGGAAGUAUGUGUAAAUUUCUUUAUUGUACUUCAGAUUGGCCUCUCGCUCCCCUGAGCCACACUGGGAAUCCUGUUGACUUGUGGGUAAGGGAGGGGGCUCUUGUCUUAUUAGGAGGUGCGGAAAGCAGCCAGAGACAUGGCUUGCUCAGUUGUUGGGAGAGAGAGAUUGUGUAUUCAGCUCUGUUUUCAUUAGACUCUGUUGACUCUUUUCCAAGUGCCUUGAAGCUCUGGCCUGUUUUGGCUUUGCUGCAGAGCUGUGAUAGUAUUACCUCGUCUGUCUGGGACAGGAGGCCAACACCAAAAGAGAUGGAGAUCCCGGCACUGGUCUGAUCAUUAAAAAAAAUUUUGUUUGUAGACUUUGUACAGAAAAAAGUUCUUUUUUAUUGGUAUUAUUAUUAUUUAAUAAAGUAUGA